CUUAUUUAUAAAACUACUGCCAACUUUUGUUUUGUAAAAAAUAGUACUAAACUGUCUACUAAAUUGCGAGUGCAAUCGUCGAUCGGUUGUAUCGAUAUACAGCGCUGUAAUUAUUUUCUUUACGUUUGUCACGAGUCUUUUAUAUGAAGUCUUUUAAUAAUGACACAAUAGUCUCACCGUCAUUAAAUUCCAAGUAUUAUUAACAACCAUUCAAGAUACCUCUUUAUAGAACCGUAUUAUUAGUAGGAAUCAAAAAAUUCAAUCAAAGAUAUCUCAUGCUGCCGCCUGUUUUCGUACUUGAAAGGUACUGAAUCGCGAUGAAUUUAUUAUUAAAUUUAAUCUGAUUAGAUGCUUGUAUGCUCUACGCAGAUGAUACUUCUCGGUCAUGUAUGGGGGAAAGUUUUAAUGCGUAUGCACAUACAAUCCUCCGUUUUAUGUUAUAAACUUUUGAAACGAUGGUACGAAUCGAAUUCUGGGAAACAUGCUGGACAGCAGAGUUUGACACAGACCAGCAUUCUCGUAGAAGAAGGAUUAGCGAUACAGGAGGUGCCUUUGAUCGUGCGAAAAAUCAAAGACAUCGAAGCGAUGUGUACCAAUAAAACUGAAAAAAACAUGCCCCUUAUCAAUAACCAUAACAAGCUCUCCAACGUGUCUAAAAAGAGUGAUCCGCUUUCGCUCAACAUUAAAAAUGCUAACAGUCCUAAAGGUAAUAUCGAUAUAAAAAAAAAACUAUUAAAAAAUCGAAGAAUAGACAUCGAAACGGACGAAGGAACCGCAAUAUUAUUUUGCUCAGACCUUGAUUGUUUUAAAGAUUUAGACAUAGAAGAGACAUUGCGAGGAUUGCAAGUAUUUAACAACACUGACGGUAUGUGUUCGUUGCUAGAGAAUAAGAUCUCGCAGGAGAUAAAUUGUAGGGUCGCUUUGGAGGGAUUGAAGAAAGUGAUAGAUUUAGAAAAUAAUUGGGCCAGGCAGAGGUCUCGCGAUCGGUCGUCGAGAAGUAGACAAUUCGACAUCGACAACACAGCUAGAGAUAUGAUAAUGAAGCAGUUAAUUAAAUUGGUUAUUAAUAGUAACGACUCCGAGACGAUAAUACAAGGGCUUAUCGCGUUGAAGAAGGAUAAAGUCAGUCCAUCUAGGAACGUGUACAGAGAUUUACUUUGCGACGAAGCUUUGAGCCGUGCAACGGAUGGAGAAUUCUCGCCUGCGCAGUUAAUCAAUUUGAUCAACAUUCUAUCAUCGUACAAAGAUUCGAAAUACCGCAAAUCGAUAGACACUCUGUGGGUUGGCAUACUUCUUCGAGAACAGGACAUUAAUAUGCAUACAUUGGUGGCAUUAUUUAAAAUGCUCAAGCAUUUUAAUCAGAGCAAGAACAUGGUGAAACUGAUUCUGGAGAGAAAGCUUUUGGAGUGUUCUUUACAAUUAACGGGCACGCAAAUCGCGAGCAUAUUGGAUUGUUUUCAUGACAAUGUCUCCGCAACGAAGUGUCUGACCAGCGCCAGUAAAUGGGCAGGGGCGAGCAUGAAUUCCUCCAGCGAGAAAGAUUUAAUCAACUUCGUACACAGUUUACACGUGAAAGAUUACGUCGACAAUCAGAUUGAAGAAGCUUUGCAAAACUAUUUGAAGUCCAAAGGGUUGCAAAUCGUCGACUCGAAAUUGAUAGGAACGGUGAUGAAUUAUUGUAAAAAUCUCCAAAUCAGAAACGCGAGCAUCUUAUCGGAAUGCGGUGAAUAUUUUAUAAGACACGCCACGAGUAUACCGACUAAUCUGUUGUCCUCGAUACUCACACCGUUUGGGUUGUUAAACGUACAACCACCGAAGGAUAAAGAAUUUUGGGAAGCUUUUAACGACGUGUUAUCAGUGAAAUUUCAUCAUUUGAAAUUAGACGAUGCUCUAGAUAUUCUUCUCUCGUGUACUUACUUAGAGAAGUAUCCUAUCAAGUAUUUCGAUAAGAUUUUUAUCUCGCAGUUGUUGCACAAAAUUCAUUUGAGACACCAUUCCGCUUUCUUCAACCGUAUAAAAAAUAAAUUAAGGCUGCUGGACGCUACUAUGUAUUUGGAAUGCAAGCAAUAUCAGUCGUUGUACUUCCCUUCGGGAAGGAUAGAUAAACCUUUGUACUUGGACGCGCGGAUUAGAAGAGCGGUCAGUAUGAUAUAUCAGCCGUUGGCAUCUUUGGUAGGAAGUGAACAGAAAUUAAGUAAGAAUGUGAUCCUGAAUCGUUUGCCACCCAUUAGUUUCUACGUACUCGACAUUCUGAUACAUCCGCACAUGGUAUCGACGUCGGUAUUUCCUUUAAACUUGGACCAAGAAAAGAACGUGAACACCGCGGUAUUUAUCUACUUGCCGGAAUAUUAUUGCAGGAAUUCGCGAGAAUUGAUAGGACCUCAAGUGAUGAGGAAGAGACAUAUGAAGAAAUUAGGUUUUAAAAUCAUGACAUUAGACUACGCGACUAUACAACAAGUUUGGAAUCGAUCCGACAAAUUAUCGUCUUACUUAUUGGAAAGCUUACGUUCCGCGGAGAAAGCUUCGUAAUCAUAAAACAAAAAGGCCUUUCUAAUAAAAAUUGUAAAACAAGUCUAACGAUGUAAGUGGUACGAUGUAUAGAAUAAAAAGUGUUUACAGAUAGAUUUAAAGAAUUUCUUGUAGGACAAUAUGUAUAAUUUAUCAACAGCGUUACCCGUGUGCCGUGUAUGAUUAUUCUUUUUUAU